AUGGCCUCUCAUGGUCAAAGUCGAAGUCAAAAUAUAAGAACACAAAAAUGUUCUGCUAAUGCUGAGUUAGAAGAUACUGAUCAGGUAGAAUAUUUGCCUCCUGUUGCUACUGAUGGUUUACUUUGUAAAGUUCGAGCUGCUAUUUAUCUUUCAUUAGAUGAAUUAUGGGCAGUUCCAACGAAUAUUGCUUUAGUUGCUACGUUUCUUGAUCCAAGGUUCAAACAUUUCAAUUGGGCAACAAGUGUUGAGCAAAAUAGAGCACAGGAUUUGGUAAAGACCCUGUAUAAUAAAUUAAAAAUAAACCUUACUAUUCCAGAUGACAAUGAAGAGAAUUUGGUAGACAGUAAUUAUAAUGAUGACAAUAACGAUUUUUUUUAUGAAUUAGAAUCAAAUUCUACACAAGUUGAUGUAGAAGAUGAUGAUGAAGUAACGUGCUAUGUAAAGUUAAAAGAAAUCAAACUUAUUGAUGAUCCCCUAGAAUGGUGGUUAAAAAAUAGAAGUAGCUUGCCUGUUUUAGCCCAAUUGGCUCGCAAAUAUCUUUCUAUUCCAGCAACUUCUGUGCUGAGCGAAAGAUUGUUUUCUGAUACCGGCAACCAUAUCUCAGCAAAACAAACUCAUUUGUCACCAGAUUUAGUGAAUAAGGUUUUGUUUUUGAAACACAAUAGAGUUCAUUUUGAUAUAUUUUCACCACAAGAAUAA